AUGGCGCGGCGCCUCGUCGUGGUGGGCGGUGACCACACCCUCAGUUAUCCAGUUAUCAAAGCGGUGGCCGAGAAGUUUGGUCCUGUGGUGCUGGUGCACUUCGACUCCCACUUGGACACGUUUCCGCCCAUGUACGGUCAGCACGUCUGGCAUGGGGCUCCUUUCCGCAACUGUUGGGAGGAGGGGCUGCUGGCCAAGGACGGCUCCACUCACAUUGGCAUCCGAGCCACGACCUACUCGGCGGAGGAUUUCCACGACUCCGAGAACAUGGGCAUUGCGACGCUGACGGCCGAGGACGUCCACGAGCGUGGCGUUCCGGCCUGUGUCGAGGCGGUUUGGAAUCGCUGGCGGCGGUCUGGCAAUGCGCCAGUCUACCUCUCCGUGGACAUCGACGUCUUGGACCCCUCCGUGGCCCCCGGGACAGGAACACCGGAGCCUCGAGGCAGCAGGAAUCGACGAACGCCAACCUCAGGGAGCUUGGCUCUGCCUCUUGCAGCUCUUGGAGGGUCCCCAGCACAUGGCACUGCGCUGCCUUCGGGAUGUCUUCCUGCUCAGAUCUCGUUUUUUUGUGAGCUCCUCAUCCUGAGGAGUUUUCCGGCUCCUGUUUGCAGCAACUUCUGA